CGAGCCAUGGCCUUCCUGUGGAUCCUCUCCUGUCUUGCCUUCGUCGGCGCCGCCUACGGUUGCGGCACGCCCGCCAUCUCUCCCGUAAUCACCGGUUACGCCCGUAUUGUAAACGGUGAGGAGGCUGUUCCUCACUCCUGGCCCUGGCAGGUGUCCCUUCAGGACUGGACUGGCUUCCACUUCUGUGGAGGUUCCCUCAUCAAUGAGUACUGGGUAGUGACAGCUGCUCACUGCGGCGUUACGACCAGCCACCGUGUGGUCCUCGGAGAACAUGACCGCUCUUCUAACGCAGAAAGCACCCAGACCAUUAGGCCUACCAAGGUGUUCAGACACCCCAACUACAACAGCUACACCAUCAACAAUGACAUCACCCUGAUCAAGCUGUCCAGCCCCGCCCAGAUCAACCUUCGCGUUUCCCCCGUCUGCAUGGCUGAGACCAGCGAUAACUUCCCUGGAGGCAUGACGUGUGUGACCACUGGCUGGGGUCUGACCUAUUACAAUAAUAAUGACACCCCACCCCUGCUGCAGCAGGCCGCUCUGCCCCUGCUCACCAACUCCCAGUGCAGCAACUACUGGGGCAGCCAGGUCACCGACCUGAUGAUCUGUGCCGGAGCUUCUGGAGUCACCUCCUGCAUGGGCGACUCUGGUGGUCCUCUGGUCUGCCAGAAGAACGGCGCCUGGACCCUGGUUGGUAUCGUGUCCUGGGGAAGCAGCCGUUGCUCCACCAGCACCCCAGCUGUCUACGCCCGUGUCACCAAGCUGCGUGCUUGGGCCGACCAGAUCAUUGCUGCCAACUAAGCAUGCUGAGCAACGUUGACACAUUUCCACCUUAAUCUUUAAUAAAAUCCAGAA